CAUGUUUGAGUUCGAGCUUCCGACCAUGGCGGCUUGGAAAGAACACAUUGCCUUCUUCCUUCUCUUUCUCUUCUUCUCGCCUUCUGUUACCGCCUACCGUGCUCCUGAUCCGGCGAUCAAGGCCGGCUACUGGCCGACGUGGACGUUCUCCUACUCGCCGCCCUCCUCCGUCGACCGCUCCCUCUUCACCCACCUCUUUUACGCCUUCGUCCAAGUCGAGUCAUCCACCUUCCGCUUAAACGUCACCGCCGACGACGACCUCAUGCUCCGGAACUUCUCCGCCGCCGCCCACGCCCCUAGAAACCGCGGCCUCACCCACCCGCCCGUUAAAGCCCUGCUCUCCAUCGGCGGCGGCGACAGCGAUUCUGCCUUCUCCAUCCUCGCCGCCCGCGCUUCCGCACGCGCCGCCUUCAUAGACUCCACCAUCGCCGUGGCCCGGCGAUACGACCUCGACGGGCUCGACCUCGACUGGGAGUUCCCGCGGGACGCCGGGGAGAUGUCUGACUUGGCGACGCUCCUCCUCGAGUGGCGAGCCGAGGCCGAGCGGGAGGCCGCGACCACGGGGCGCCCGCGGCUUCUGCUCACGGCGGCCGUCUACUUCGCCUCGCGGUUCUUGCUCGGCGACGGCCGGAGUUACCCGGUGCCGCAGAUGGCGGCGGCGCUCGACUGGAUCAACGUGAUGUGCUACGACUUCCACGGCUCGUGGGACACGUCCGCGACAGGGGAGCACGCGGCGUGGUACGACCCGAGGAGCAACAUCAGCGGCAGCUACGGGGUGGAUUCGUGGGUGGCGGCGGGGAUGCCGGCGAAACAAGUGGUCCUGGGGAUGCCGCUCUACGGGCGGACGUGGGAGCUGAGGAACGCGGCGGAGCACGGGGUGGGGGCGCCGGCUGUGGCCGUGGGUCCAGGAGAUAACGGCGUGCUAUUGUACUCAGAGGUGGUGGAUUUCAAUCGGAACAACAACGCGACGGUGGUGCACGACCAAGUACUGACGGCGGCCUACUCCUACGCCGGCACGAGCUGGAUUGGCUACGACGACGCGUGGUCGGUGGCCAGGAAGGUCGGAUUCGCGCGCCGCCGCCGCCUCGGAGGAUACUUCUUUUGGGCGAUCGGAUACGACGACAGCCGCCAGAGCGUCACCAGAUCAGCCUGGCAUGCGUGGGGACGAUGAACAGAUCGAAAUGCAGAGCGAGUCUUCAGAUUGUCGAUUGUUCUUCCUCGAAUUGUUCUUGUUGUGCCUCGAUUAGUGUUGUAAAAUUGGAUCAGAUGCUUGUGUUUAAUCAGCAAAAAUGAAGAAUAAAACAGUUAUAUUGAAGUUAU